UUGUACAUUCCGUGUGCAUCAUGUUCGUUGCAUGUGCGAGCGGGCGUCAAGACGUUUUGGCGCAGGGUCUUCGUGACGAUGCGAUGUGCUGGGUUUUCGCCGGCCCAGGCUACGUUUCACAAAAUAUCAAUUUCUGAGACAGGCCGUCAAAUACUUUCUUGCGUUUGCUGUUCCAAACCAGGUGUGCCAUGGGUUGAUUGGGGGUUGGUCGGCGGCGCUGAUUGACCGUGUCUUGUCUGUCCAGCCCAUUAGCCGGCAAGUAGUUCUCGCAGGUGGUACCGUGCGUUGGGGUGACUUUUUUCUUUGAAGUUGCUCACCGAGCAUUGUCUACAACAUACAAGAGCAGCAUCACACGAAAAGGGUGUACAGGGGUGACGUUAGGUGGAGGGUUUCUUGGGAACAGCGGCUGGUCGGCGGGAACAGCGGCACUCGGCCGCGGUGUUUUUUUUGCGCGAGCAGGACGAACGGCUGCUGUGGUACUGUAGUACUAGGCAAUACCGUAUAUGACACAAGAUAACACACCCCCUGGACCGAUUUUCAAAGCUCGAUUACUCCACGACGAAGAGGAUGCAUAAACGAAACGAUACAUUUUUGGAAAGCUAUCGACGAGACGGUUCCAUCGCCGCCGUUUUUGGCGCUGUGACUGUUCCUGCAGUUGAGAAAUCGAGCUUCGAAAAUCGGUCAAGGGGGUGUGUUAUCUUGUGUCAUAUACGGCGGUCAGUAUGGAGUUGUAUCUCGCGGGAUAGCAGGUCACUACCGUAGCCUGCCGCACCCGACAAAGGUGGUCACAGCAAGUAGCCUCUGCGCAGGAGGUGGCGUUUGUUACCUUUGUGACAUGCAUGGGGGCACCGUGGUGACAACGUGGUGUGUAUGUAGUAGCGUUGGGGGGCUAUCGCGUCACGGUGCUGAUCUAGUCUAUCUCAAUGGCGCUGGUGAGGGUCGUUUCGUUCUUGUGUGUUGUGUGUUUUCAGAGGAGUCGUUGGGAUAAUGUAGCAGACAAGGUUCUCGUCGUUUAGGUCUUUUUUUUGUUUGUUUUUCAGAGGAGGAGUCGUUGUGACUAUGUACCAGACAACCGUGGUGUCCUCUAGGUAGUUUUUACGAUAGACACCUACCUUGUUGGUUCGGGUUUGCCGAAGAACUUGCGCGACCACUGUAAAUAUUUCACCGUCGUAUGGAUACAAAUGGGCCAUGCAAGCUUGUGUGGGGGUGAAUCUGUUUUUGUCGCCAAGAUUUCCGUUNGGGGGGGGGGGGGGGGGGGGGGGGGGGGGGGGGGGGGGGGGGGGGGGGGGGGGGGGGGGGGGCGGCGUUCGUUGACUCGUUCCUUCACCGGUGUGCGUGCGUGGUGUGUUGUUGUACCAACGCGCGGAAACUGUCCUUGACCCUCCGUCAGCAUUGUUGCUGUUCUUGUCGUCGGUCUGCGUUCCCACAUCCAGCUUGUUGUCGUUGGUGCGGCGUCAAAGUCCCGCAGAACAAUGGCAUUCAUUCACUCGUUGCAACAAACUUGUGAGGCCUGCUAUGGGUACGUUUGAGGGGAAAAGCCUACGCUUUUUUUUUUUCCCUGUACAUUCACGUUUUUCUGUACCGCCAGUUUAGGUUCUUGGAGGACGGUAGUUGAUUUUGCCGCCUUGGUUAGGAAGGAAAAUAGUGGUGACCGAAGCAUUUUUUUCUUUUCUUUUCGUGUGGAAAUGUAUGUGAACGGUUUCGAGAAGUGAAAAGUGAAUGUUUUGAUAUAUAUUAUUUUCGUUUUUUUAGUGAGGCCAUAUCAUGCACAUGUGGUGUUCUCGUGUACAUAGAUAUCGUGUACAUAGAUAUAUCCGAGUUGGAGAGAGAGAAAAUGAAAGUGAGCAACAUCUGGGAGGCCCGCGGGGGGACAGCAGUGCGGUUCUCGGCAAAGUGGACACCGUUUGUU